GUAGGGUUUUAGGAUGAAUGAGGCGCGUCCUGGUGCUGCUGAAGCGAAGCGCAUACGAUCUCUACGUCGCGCGCCAUCGGGAUCCGGCAUUCGUCAACGGGAGCGCCGAAAAAACGAAGGUGGUUGAAAAUCUCUUGGAUCGGCACAGAGUACAUGAAUCCACGGUGCAGAAAUGCAAGGAUGUCCUUGCAAACAUGUCCCUGUCCUGGGACUUUCUUCUUCGGGACGAGCUACACUCGCCUAUACGAAAUGUGGACCUUGUUGUCACCGUGGGAGGGGAUGGAACUUUGCUACAAGCGAGUCACUACUUGGACGAUUCCAUUCCCGUCCUUGGAGUAAACUCGGAUCCAACCAAGACCGACGAGGUGCAGGAGCAGCAGAUGGAGGAGUUUGAUGCUACACGAAGUCGAGGCUACUUCUGCGCUGCUACCAGCGAGUAUUUCGAGCAGGUGCUAGGCAAAGUCAUCAGUGGCAAACUUCAACCAACAACUCUACAGAGGAUUUCCACUACAAUCGAUGGUACUUUGUUCUCGACUCCAGCUCUCAAUGACGUUUUGCUCGCUCAUCCAAAUCCAGCUGCCGUGAGCCGAUGCACUUUCAGCGUCGUCAACCAGCAAACAAAGUCGGGGUCCUUGAUACACUCUCGCUCCAGUGGCUUGCGCGUUUGCACGGCGGCUGGCUCGACCGCCGCGACGCUCUCGGCUGGAGGAUUUGCAAUGCCGCUGGAAUCGAAAGAGCUCCAGUACAUGCUGAGAGAGCCGAUCCUUCCACACCCCAAGCAGAAGAAUCUGAUGCACGGUUUCGUUGGCUCAACCGAGGCAAUUCAAGUUACUUGGGGCUGUCGCCAGGGAUCCAUCUAUUUUGAUGGCGCUCACGUCUCGGCUCCCAUCAAGUUUGGCACUGUCGUGACGAUCUCGGCGAGUGGACCUCCUGUCAAAGUUUUCCUCGAGCAGUGAUCACAGAACUCAAGAACAGCAACGAUCAUCGUUUCAGUGACAACAUGCGGAGAUUUCAAGCGAAGACUGACUUUAUAAUCUGAUGAUCGACCAUCACUUCAAGCAAAAGCGAAAGCGAAAGCUAGAUCGAUCAAAUGAAACUUUUUCGGUGGUUUUUCGCUUCAUCAAUGUACAUAGCUGGACGGUUUGAUUGAUAAAAUCUUAAAACUACCAACUUUUGCGAGCUCCA